GAAAGAAUCAAAGAAUCGUUGAAAUCAAAAUUGCGAUUAAUCUCAAAUUAAGUACACACGCGUAAUCGUCAGAGAUUUGGAACUUUCCUUGAAUCUCCAUCGUCUUCCGCGUAAUUUCCCUGGGAAUUUUCAUAGCGGAAAGGGAAUUAAAUAAAUACUCUUCGAAUCAGCUUCGUCUGUUUCUCUCGUUGUGAUUGAUUUGCUUUAUCUUCGAAAUCGUUGAGUUUGACCGUAAAAACUAAAAACAAAGGAGAUGGCGAAAGAGGGAACAACGGUGAUCGGAGUUCCAUAUUACGCGGGGCAGAAUCCGUAUCAGGCCGGAAUUGUGCCGCCGAAUGCUAUCUAUGGUGAUCCGUUGGGUGCUCCGAUUCAGCAAACGAUUUAUCGAGACACUCCUGCUCCUUUCAAUUGCCUUUAUUGCGGCAACACUGGUCUCACCAAUCUCAGAUCGAAACCUGGUGUAGCUGCUGUUGUUGCUUGCAUGAUGCCGUUUAUGCUUGGUUUCUGCUUUCUCUGCCCUUCAAUGGAUUGCCUCUGGAACAAACAGCACCAUUGCCCUCAGUGUGGGAACAAGGUACUUUUAUAUGUCUUCUUCAUGCCUGCUACUCGUGUGCGUUUUUUUUUUCUCUGUAUGGAAGAUUGUUUCAUUCAUAUGAUUGAUUUGUUUACAGGUUGCUGACUUUGAGAAAUCAGAUCCCUGCCUGGUGAUGGAUCCGCCACAGUGGAAGCAACCUAGUUUCGCACUCCCAGCAUGAUAAGAUGCAUUCUUUUCUCUUGUGAUUAAUAUUGCUUGUGAAGUUGAGUCGUUCUGUUGCAUGUACUGGAAAAAAACUAAGAUCCAGAAUAACCCUAUAGAAUGUGUGAGAAAUGAAAUAUUUAUUCUUCUGUAUCGUUUCACUGAUUCAUGAAUGAACCGUCUAUUGUCUAGUCUCUUGUGCCUUCUUGGCUAUGACUCAACAAGGCUCUUAUCUUCACGUAGAGAGAUUAUUCGUCUUUGAAAUUUCACAGGCAGGGAUGGUGUGAAUCGUGUGAUGGGCCAGUGACGAACAAGCUGCCCAGUUUGAACCCGGCUCUCUGGUUUGAGUGUUCAAGAUCUAUCCUGGUUUUUGGUAUAUGAACGAUGGGGACAGUGCUUGGUUAAUCUAGAAACUACAUAGGAAAAUGACGGAUUCAUUGGGUUUACAGUUUACUAGACCAGAUGUGGUGGGGUUUGGGUACAAAAGGGCCAGACUGGUUUUCGAAGUUGCAAAAUGGAAAAACUGAUCAGCAGGCGGGAUAGGACGGGGCUGGUCCACAGGCUACAGCCUACAGGUUGAUCAUACAUACCUAAAACCUAUAAUCAGUUUAGGCAGAUAUAGUAGCCUUACAAGUUAGAACUAUCUCAAUUCAUAAGUCCCAAGUCCCUAAGCCCUCCUUUGCCAUGGCUCUUUGUGAAACUAGCACUUUAAGAUAAUCGCAUUUUCUCUCAUCUCCUUGGGCCUCUCACAAACUAAAUUUUGUGGGCAACUUCAAUCUUGGUUUCUAGUAUAUGUGCAAAGAUAUUAAAAUCAGUAUAAAAUUAGUUAGUGUUAGUAUUUGGAGUUUAUAAAUUUAAAAAUAUCUACUACUUCAAUCUUGGUUUCUAGUAUAUGUGCAAAGAUAUUUAUUACUCUUUUCU